AAAUCCCAAACGCCUGCAAUUGUUUGUGAACACUUCGCAUCGUUUGGUGGCGUCAAUUUGCAUUUUGUGGCUUUUGCCAGGGACUUUAGCGAGAAAACCAAGUGCAAUCUUUACAGCAAGCUGACCGGAUGCACGGCAAGAUGGAUCGCCGCAAGAAACGCACCUCCUCGGAGCAGUACCAGAUGUACAUAGACAUGAUGGAGAGCGACCCCAUUUUCGCCACCGGACGGGUGCCGCGCGAUUACGACCUGAACUAUUUGACCAAAAAGUGGAAGGAGCUCUCCGACCGGCUGAACAAGUGCAGCUCCGGACCCACACUCACGCCGGAGGAGUGGCGCAAGCGGCUAAACGACUGGAAGAACACCACGCGCUGCAAGUACAGACGUAGCCUGCUGUCCACGGAAAAGGACAUCUCGAUGACCUCCGUGGAGACGCGAGCUUUGGAUCUCUUCGGCAAGGUGCCUACCACCACCGGCGAAACGCUGCUGAACCUAAAGGCAGAGAAGGACGAACCCGACGACGAAUUGGAAGAUCUGGGGCAGCGCACUUCGGCGGCGUUUCAAAAAGAGCUGCAGGCCGCCGUCGAGGAGGCCAUUAACGACGAGGUGGACGAGGAGGAGAUGGUGGAGGAGCAUGUAGAUCACGACGACAUGCUGGAGGAGAAUCUGGCAGAAACCGGCAUCUCGGCGUCCACUACGGCAGUCAACACGGGCGGCGGCACCUAUCGCACCAUCGUCGUGGACAACACAUCCUACGAGCACGUGGAGGAAGAACCUCAGACGGUGCAACCGCAUACCGUGGAGUACGUCACAGCUCGCAGGCCUGCCGCCGCUGUCAUCAAUCCAGGAACGGCAUCCUCUGGCAAUAAGUUGAUCAAUGGCGAGCUUCCCGUCAAGCGAAUGCGCACGCAGCCCCGGGAGCAAAUCAUCUACGAAGUUAAAAAUGCGCCGCGAUGCAUCUCAAAUAUGCAGGCGGUGCCGCCGCUGCACAGUACAAAGCCGGAGCGGGAACCCAGCUCGCUGACUAACGCGCUGAGCAGCGCUGAUGCCCAGCAGAUUGCCCACCAGCUGAAGCGAUUGGCCGACAUCAAGUACGAGACACUGCAGUUUGAGAUUGCGCGCUUCAAGUUCAACAACCCCGGCUUCCAAUACGAUCCGCCGUCAUUAUAGUGCCCCAAGCGGCAGGACGAGAUCAGCGGGUCUAAGCAAUCAGCAAAAGCUCCAGCACCAGCAGCAGCAACGGCGACAGGAUCAGCAUUAGCAAAAGCAAUAGACCGAGCAAUGCCGGCUCGAAUUGUAUAGAUCUUAUAGAUGCUCUUCGGCGUUCGAUCGUUUUCUAGCUCUCCCAGUCCUGCGCUCUGCCGGAACACAAAAUCGUAACUUAUAGUAGCCAGAUUAGUUUAAAAUUGACAUAGAUUUCUACUGUGUAAACAAAUAUUUUCAAUUUUUCACGCACCUAAACUAUUAUAUCCAUACGAAUAAGCCUAACAUUUUAAUACCUAAAGUAAAUAAAAUUGGACAAGUAAUUUUAA